AUGGAACGCCGCUCAUUCCUACCGAGAAGCUCCUCACUAUCCACCCUACUCCCCACCAGCGAUGAAAAGUACUACCUGCCCCGCUCGGUACAACAAAAGCGCAGGUUCAAGUUACGAACACUGCUAGGCCAUUGCUUUUACCGAAGGGUUAUCCUAUGGAUUCUUGCAGCCCUCGCACUCUUGAUUCUCGGCUUGUCCACCACAAGCGAGAACGGACUUCGGCGGGAGAGGUUACUCGAGCUGGUACAAUCUAGGCCGUACGAAGAGACUCACGAUGUUUCUGAACAUGUUGUUGAAGAAGAAGCCAUCGUUACGGGGAGUAGGAGGGAAAAGGUCAUGGUGGUAACAAGUUCGGAGAAAGCGCCCCCACCAGCAUGGCGUGAGGGUAUGCCAUACUGGCUGCGAUUCAAGCACCUGGAUGGAUUCUUUGUUGGCCUCAAGGCCCUCGUACCGGCUCGAGAGUAUCAGCCCGAACACCCCCGAAAACCGGGGGAGGGCUCGCCGUUCCCACUUACGAUAUCCUACACGGGCUUGCCCACACCCACGCCCUAUGUGCCCCAUCCAGAUUAUGAGUCGGAAAAGUACACCGCUGAGCAUCACGAGGCCCAACCAUGUUACCUUGACAAAGCUAAGCAGAUCCCCGUCCCCGAGGUCUACGCAUACGACGGCAUCAUCCAGGGCCAGUCGGAACCGGUGCUCGGCUCGCAUAACCUCCUGGGGCUCCGCGACGACGUCUGUUUUGACCGAUUCGGGAGGUACGGUCCGUAUGGCUUGGGAUACACCUUUGAGGAGGGUGGUGUGGAAGUUGGCAUGGACACAGAGCGGACAGGGAACGAAGUAGUAUGGGAGAAAACAGGAAAGAUCAACUAUGACACCAUCGACUGGGCGGAGGCGCAAGCCCGGUGCUUGGAUGCUAACAAGAAGAGGUUCCGCGAUCCUGCCGACAAGGACCAACCAUCCACCACGACAUCAUCGGGGAAGGGUUCUGGAUCGGGAAAAGCCAAACAGGACGGUAGUAAGCAGGGGGCUCAGGAAGACCCGACUUUCGUUCACAGCGAACGACCCAAGAAGAAGAUUGGUCGCACCGCCGUGGUAGUUCGAGCCUACACCGGGUACCAAUGGACUCACCACGCAGUUCUGAACUUUCGAGCUAUGAUUUCAGAGCUUUCUCUCCGAUCAGGCGGAGAAUAUACCGUGCAUUUCCUUCUGCACGUACGCGACGGCAACGAAGCGAUCUGGGCAGAUCCUAUUACGGCCCAACGAAUCCUCGACGACAACAUCCCGCCCGAAUUCCAUGGCCUCUGCACGAUGUGGUCGGAGGACCAGAUGCGACUUAUUUAUCCCGGCGGCUUCGGGCGCAGCUUCUCUAACCCCAGCAGCGGCAGCAUCCACGGCGUGUAUCGUAGCGCACACAUGCCGCUGCAGUAUUUCGCGCUUAACCACCCCGAAUACGACCACUUUUGGAACUGGGAACUCGACAUGCGGUGGUUGGGCAACUACUACGAGCUAUUCGACCGGUUGGGCAACUGGGGCCGCGAGCAGUCGCGCGUCGGGGCCUGGGAACGCUCAUCCAAGUACUACAUCCCACGAUACCACGGAGACUGGGCAAACUUCACGUCCCUAGUCCAUAACGAAACCGCUGCCAGCGGCCGCCCGGCCGUCUUCGGCCCCGUAUCGUUCCCCGGGCGCGUCCCCCUCCGCUCUGAAGCCUCCGGCGAGAGUUUCAUCCCCCGCUCUUGUGCAACCCGCGCCGACCCUUCCUGUGGCGUGGGCGAGGACGCGGAUCUCAUCACGCUUAAUCCCCUCUUUGACGCCGAGGACUCCGGCUGGGUAUUCGCCUCCGACGUCACCGGCUACAAUACAGCACUUCCCCCACCACCUCGACGCUGCGCGAUCGUCACCGCUUCACGCCUUAGCCGCCGGCUACUCGGCGUCAUGCACGAAGAGAACUGGCGCCUGCAUAACUCCAUGUUCACCGAGAUGUUCCCGGCUUCGGUAGCGCUGCAUCGAGGACUCAAGGCCGUGUACGCGCCGCACCCUGUGUUUGUCGACCGCGAGUGGGAGCUGGCGGCUGUGGACAAGGCCUUCAACGGCGGGCGCGAUCACACCAGCGGCGGACGCGGCAGUCCGUUCGAUCUGCGCAAUGAGCACAACCACAAGGGGACAAGUUGGUACUACCACAGUGAGUUUGCGGGCCUCUUGUGGCGGAGGUGGUUGGGGUAUGCGCAGUAUGAUGGGCGGGGGCCUAAUGGAGGUCGGUCCGGGGAGGGUACUUUGAGGGGGGGUAAGGUCGAGGAGGAGAGGGCAAGCAGUACAGGGAGGAUGUGUUUGAGGAGCAUGUUGGUACAUCCGAUCAAGUGGGAACAUCCAAGCGAGCUGGAGGACCUUUAA